AAGUGUUGCUCUACAAACAAAAAGAAGAUUAAUCGAGUUUCGAGUUGGGCCACACUGAAAAUUGCAUAAACAAACCUCGUUAUUAGAAGAUUUCCUCAAAAUGUCUUUCAACAUAAUGCAAAAGCUGACACUGCAGUGUCUAAAAGCCGAUCAGCCUCUAAUAACCACCAUCCGCAAUGCCAGUAAGAAAACCGGCGGUAGCACGCGCAACAAAAAGGGACAUGCACGUCCAAAACAUCGUGGCUGGCGGGUCCAGGACGGACACUAUGUCUCCGAAGGCACUCUCCUGGCCACCCAGUUGACCACACGGUUCCACCCGGGUCUUAAUGUGGGCUUUGGCCGUAAUGGAACUCUGUUUGCCAUGGAGCACGGUAAGGUCUAUGUCACCUGCGAACCCAUCGAUCCCAACUGGGACCACAGUUGGGUUCAAAAGAACUAUGCCGGUCGUCAGGACCAGACCAUCUACAAGAAGUUUUUCAAUGUGGUACCCGAAAAGCAGCACCAGCGCUUUCGGUUAGUGGAGGAAAUCUAGUUUUUUGGAAAUACAUUUCUGUAAA